AUUCUCUAUGCCGAGGAACGCAGCAGCAGCAGCGCGUCGGGAAAUCGUCCUCAACGUUGUUGGUCUCAGCCAUGAACAGUUCACCCUGACAGAGGCGCAUAAAUCUUUAGCGAGGAUUUAAACGUAGCUGAGUGAACUCUGAUUUUGGCAAAACAGCAAAAACCGACAGCCACGAACGUCCUUUCACGAUACCUCUGUCUGCCACUGACGGCUGUGUGCCAACUAUGGUAUCCUGUUGUCUGACAUGAGAUUCACCCCAGCCAAAACCCAGCCAGGCCAUGCUCAUGCUCUGACUGCUACAAUGAUUCGGCCUGUAAUGUUGUCAGUCCUGAUGCAUAUUUUUCUGGUGUCCCAUGCGGCUCAGUGUUUGGAGCCUGAGCAGAGAGCCCCUAUCCGGGCAGGUGUCCUGACCCUCCCGUGGCAGGAUGAGCUAUGCUGUGAAUCACCUUCAGCCCACCUCACUGUAGAGGGAGGCAGCAUGCACUCAUCGGAGACAAACCGCUCCGAGUCAGACCUCCCACACUCUCCCCACUGCAUCUUCAGGAACUCGACAACCCAAUCACAUCCUUAUGAGCCCUCUGGCGGUACCUGUUUGGACAUACUAUGCAGAAUUGAAAGCUGGGAAAAUCUAACCUGCGAUCUGCAGACCCACAGUCAGCCGACAGGUGUGCUGGGUGCAGGUCUUUUGGCGGUCAGCUUACAGCGUAUGCUGUCUGAGAAAGAGGACUCGAAGGUAAAUGACAGGAACACUGUUACUGAUAAUCCUGUUGUUUGUGAAGCAGAGGACUCCUUCAUGUGUUCAGUUGCACUUGACACUACAACAAGCUUUGUUACCAUGGUAACCAUCAGCAUCUCCAACGCUGUAGGUCCACCAGUUUUUCUGAGAAUUCCUGGCCAACCUGAGAAACCGAGUCCCCCCGUCAACCUGUCGCAUAUUCAGACUAUUGAAGCAGAACUGAUUUUACACUGGGACGACCCAUCUGACUUUGAUACAGGUCCACUGAGAUAUGAGGUCCGAUAUUCUGCUAACACCUCUCAUUCAGCCUGGCAGAUGGUGUCUGCAACUGGAGAGCCCAGACUGUCUUUGGAUCUGAAGCCCAGGCUGAACUACACCAUCCAGGUUCGCUGCUCCGGCUUGGACGAGCCUCCACUGUGGAGCGACUGGAGCGAACCUCACCACAUCUAUUUGGACACGGUUAGCUACAUCCCUGAGAAGGUGGUAGCACGACCGGGGGAGAAUGUAACAGUGUACUGCGUAUUCAAUGACCACAGCAUCAAUGCCAGCACAGCCAUGUGGAUGCUCAACUUCCAGCAACCACUUCACCACAGCCAGUACCACCCAGUCAACCAAUGGGUCAGCCAGAUCACAAUGCGUCCUUCAGAGACUCGGAUGUAUGACCUGCUGCAGUGCACUCAGGAGUGGACCAUCCCUUACAGCCAGAUCUAUGUAGAGGGGGCUUCCAUUGACAUAAACUGUGAAACCAAUGGUGAUAUUGAUGCUAUGGACUGCAGCUGGAAGAGUACCCAGUGGACUAAACCCACAUUUCGAUCCAGGUGGGCUGACCUGCCUUGUGAUGUGAUGGAGGAGAGGGAGAGAGCAGGUGAGGAAGUGGGGGAGAUGGGACCUGCUUGUCUUCAGGUUCGAUCUAGACAGAAGUCCUGCACCAUCCAGCCUCUCAGGAUGAACUGCUACAGGCUGUGGCUGGAGGUGCCUUCCAGGCUGGGUCCCAUCAGAUCCAAACCCAUCUAUCUGUCACCCAUAGAUCACGUGAAACCUCACGCACCCACUAGUGUGAAGGCAGUGAGCCGGAGCGCUGGUGUCCUGAUGAUUACUUGGGAGCCCCCAUCUCUACCGGUCGAGGGGCUGCAGUGUCAGUUUCGUUACUAUUCACCAUCUGCUGUCAGACCUCAACCAGAGUGGAAGGUCCAGAGUCCAGUGCGGAUCCCGUGGGCGGAGAUAGUUGUGCCGGAUAUGUGCCAUGUGUAUGUGGUGCAAGUGCGCUGCAUGCACACCAGCGGCACCGGUUACUGGAGCGACUGGAGUGACUCUGUCUACUCAACAGUACAAAACAGCAGAGCUCCUGAGCGUGGCCCUGAUUUCUGGAGGAUUCUUCAAGAUGAUCCAUACAGAAACCAGACUAAUGUGACUCUGCUGUUUGAGCAUCUCCCAAUAUCAGCGGACUUGUACUGCGUGGAUGGAUUUGUAGUCCACCACCAGACCUCGAGUGGGACUGUGACAAGGGAGGAGAUUGAACUUGUGUCAUCCUACAGCUUCGAGUGGAACCAGGGUUCCCACACAGUGACAGUGGAGGCCUACAACAGUCUGGGAAGCUCCGCUAACAACAUCAACAUGACGCUGGAGAGACAGCCCAGACGGCGCUGUGUGCGUUCGUUCCAUGUGCUGGUUAUCAACAACACCUGUGUAUCUCUGUCCUGGAGCCUACUGGACAACAGCUCUGUGCCCCUAUUCAUGGUGGUCCAGUGGUUGCCACAGAGGCAGCAGGACUCUAAUCAUCACAAAGGCCAGAGUGGAGAAACAUGGGCCAGGCUUCCAUAUACUGACUAUUCCAUCUAUCUAAGAGGUGAUUUCUUUGGUUCUGAGGAAUAUGCCUUCUACUUGUACCCCGUGUUUGCUGAGGGAGAAGGGGAGCCGGUUUACACUAUUGCCACCAGAGGAGACCCUGCAGCCUACAUGAUGCUGAUGAUCAUCUCCUUCCUUUCAAUCAUCCUGUUUGUCACACUGGUCCUUUCACAAAACCAGAUGAAAAAGGUUGUGUGGAAGGAGGUUCCCAAUCCAAACAAGUGCUCCUGGGCUAAAGGACUAGACUUUAAAAAGGUAGACACACUGGACUGCUUGCUCCGGCCUUCAGAAGGCCUGCCAGCCUGGCCGCUGCUGCUGCCCUCUGAGAACAUCUCCGAAGUUGUUAUAGCAGACAAAGCUGACCUCUCAGCUUUGACUACAGCCUUGGUCCAAACCCCUCUUGUGUCUCUGACCCCUGAUCCUGCCACUGCUUUAGCUGUCUGCCUUCCUCUAGGGUUUGACUCAGAGGUCGACCAAACCCAGUUCAUGGACAGCGAGGUGCUCCUGGGUGGAGCUCCUUCCUUUGCCCUUAACCUCGAUGCUUUACCCAGUCCACACCCAAAGAUAGAUGAGUUCCAGCCAGCUAAUCCUUCAGCAGACCAGCCCCCAGGCAGCACUGACACCUCUUCCCAGUCUUCAGUAGCAUACGCUACCGUUCUGCUCUCUCAUCCAAAGCAGGAGCAGCAGCCCAUUCAUCGCCACUAUAAGGAUGGUAGUGGCAGCAGCUCCAGCGAUGAGGGUAACUUCUCAGCCAACAACUCUGACAUUUCUGGAUCUUUCCCCGAGGGCCUGUGGGAGCUGGACAGCUGCCGAGGUGGUGAGAUGGAGGACCCGCGACACUCGUGCUCCUACAACUCUGUGGAGGAGCUUUCCGAAACAUCAGAACAUGAAACCAAAGCAGAGGUGAGAGAAGAGAAAGACUUAUAUUAUCUAGGCGUGGACUAUCCAGAGGAGGAUGAGGAGAGUGAGGAGGAGAAGGAUCAGAGAGAAGAGGACACAAAAACUGAGCUGCUUAAAAAUGUAGCUUUGAACAGAGAGGACUGUCAUGUGGAGUUACACCCUUUGCUCAGCCCUGAGGGUUUGAGCGAGCCCACAGAGCUGCUGUCGGUGCCGAUAUGUGGCUUGUCCCAGCUGUACCUGCCUCAGUUCAGAACUGUUCCAUGCACAAAGAAACUACAAGAGAGCAAACCCCAGCUUUGACCCUCACACAGACUCCAUUAAAUCUAUUGUGUUGUGUGACUGCGCCAUGGUUUUGCAUUUACC